AUGGUGGUGUACAGUGGUGGCCAAGAACUGGAGCCGCCAGCAUUCCUGCCAGAGCUGCUUAACACACCUGAAAGAAUCUUGAACAAUGCCACACUCUUCAACGGAGUCUUUCAAAAUGUGGAAAGUGUUGCAUUAUUUUUCGACUGCCUGGGUUCUCACUUCACCUGGAUACAGUCCAUCUUCACUAACUUCCCAGCCCUUCUCAACUUUGUGAACAAAAUGAGGUGUGUUACUGGGUUUUGUCCCAGGGAUUUUGAAGACUACGGUUGCUCUUGCCGGUUUGAGAUGGAAGGGCUCCCUGUGGAUGAAGCUGAUGAAUGCUGUUUUCAGCACCGCAAAUGCUACGAGGAAGCGCUGGAGAUGGAGUGCACGUGGGACCCAUCAAAGAUUUCUGCAGAUGUCAGCUGCUCUACUAAAAACCUGACCUGUGAGUCUGUGGAUCCCUGUGAACUGUUCCUCUGCACCUGUGACAAAGAUGCCAUUGAAUGCUUCAUGAAUGCACAGAUUAACUCCUCCUUGAAUGGGCUGGAUGUCUCCUCCUGCCCAUCUCCAGUUACAGAAACAACCAGCAAAAGAGAGCUGACAACACAUCACAUGGAGGAGUUGGUUCAUCAAGGGACUGAUGAAACACAGGCUGUGACUGCAUCUGUAGAAGAAGCUGUGGUUUCUUUUAAGCCCCGUGACAUAGUCUUGGCAACUUCCAAAGCCAGAGGUAAGAGUCAUUAAACUUUGUUGACAAAUUUGGCACUCUUGACUCCAGAAGAUGGAUUUAUGGAAGCUUUGGGCCCAGUGGAAGAGAUAACCACCUCCCCAGUCUCAUUCCCAGGAGACAGCAACUCAAUGCAAGUCAAAAUUGUCCCCACCAACAAGAGUCCUGCAGGCACACCUGCAAGGACAAAAGGAAAAGAGACAGGCCCUGCAAGGGGUGGCCUGAGCACAGCUUCCUCUGGAAUGGCUCUGGACCUGGGAUUGUCUGAGAGGGGACCUGCAGGGAAAGUGUGCGAGCGCUUGACCUUUCUGCAAGAGAGAGGACGUGGAAGAGCGCAGAGGGAGCUGCCCCAGCUUGGAGAAAUGCUCUUCUGUUUAACUGAGCGCUGCCCAGAGGAAUUUGAGUCUUAUGGCUGCUACUGUGGCCAAGAGGGGAGAGGUGAUCCCAUUGAUACGCUGGACAGAUGCUGCUUCUCUCAUCACUGCUGUAUGGAGCAAGUUAAGAAACUUGGAUGUAAUGCAGAAAGAAAUUUGAGAUCUGAAGUUGUAUGUUUUGAUCACAUGCCAAAAUGCAUUGGCUGGAGCACGUGCGAGAAGCUCCUCUGUGCCUGCGACAAGGCUGCGGCCGAGUGCAUGGCCUCUGCCUUCUUCAACCAGAGCCUGAAGCUCCCCCACGGCCAGGAGUGCCGAGAGGAGAAGCUCUCCUGCCCAGGGGGCCCUGCUGAAAGGCCUCCUACAGGCACAGAAAUAGGCACAGGGGGCUCCAGCUCUGAGGAGAGCAGUGAGGAGGAAGGAGCCCUGCGGAGCGGAUUCCGAAGAGCCAAGAGAGGGACGCGGCAUCACACGGGCACCUCCAGAACCGUGGGACACGAGGGCAAAUAACCAGCCACCUCCAGGGGCCUGGGAGGGGGCAUGGCAGCUGCCAGCCACUGGGUACCUGCUCCUUAUCCUCUACACACUGCCUCACACUCUCCAGCACACAAAUGACAUAAUCAUAGACUAGGAUUAGGUGUUAGGCUGCAUUAACUCCUUACUGUAGGGAGGUCAGCACUAUGGACCAUCUAUCUAGGUCAGGUAUUACCUUAAAUAAUUAUCUGACAGUGUUCUAUUAAUUUCACUUGAUUUUUUUAUGUAAAAACUGUUAUGAUCAGACUGACUUCUGUUAACUGUGCACUUGGUUCAGACUGGAUCUUGCUGAUGGUGGCCAUGUUUUCCAGGUUUUUAAUUAAACCAACCUGCAACUACUCCAACUUCUUCUGCAAACAUUCUUCCUUUACUGAGCUUAGCAGGAUACACCCAGAAGCAAAGCUAAAUUAAUUACAGGACAAUUAGUUCCUUUUUUCACUUCUAUCUAUAGCUAUGUGUGACUCCCUUCUGAAGGCAAAAGAAGGUCCAAAAUGCUGGACAGACCUUCCUCUUAGGGAAGCCUCUUCCCUCCCUGGGGCCCAAGUUAAGGACACGAGCAGGAAACUUCCCAGCCUGGUACAGCCCUUGGAUGCUACUUGUUAUUGCUCUUCCAGUUGGGGGUGAUGAAGUCACAACAUGCAGUCCAAGGGUGAUCAAAAGAGACUUCAGUGCCUUGGAAUGGCUGGUCAGGAAAUGUGGAGCACAGAUCAUUUUUUCCCCUAUCCUUGCAGGAACAGACAGACCCAGUCUAGCAAUACCUGGCUCCAUGGUUGGGGUCACAGCCAGAAUUUGGGUUUUCUUGGUAAGGGGAUGACCAGCACAACACCAGACCUGUUUGUGUCAGAUGGGAUUCCUACUUCUCACACAGGCAAGAGGGUUUUUGCUCAUGAGCUAUCAGGGUGUACUGACAGGCUUUAAAACAGACUUGAAGGAAGAGAGGUGUAAUAUCAGGCAAUGACAAACCUCUAAAGAUCCCUCCCAACCUAUUCCAUGACUCACCAACACUUCCUAGAACAUAAAAUGUUGUU